AUGCCAUCCCUACGCAGAGUGGUUUCAGACUGGAUACCUCUUGCAGUGGCGGUGGAGGUUUUCUCACCGGCACUCUGGCCCUUUAUUGUCCUUCUGGUCGUGUGCCUGGCUAUCGGUGCCUACUUCUGGAUUAAAAGACGUGAGAGGAUGAUUCGAGCGCGUGCGCAGGAGGAGGCACGGAUGCAGAGCAGUAUGUCAGAGGAUGCACUUGUUCCUGGCGCUGGAGCUGCAUUGCCGUCAACCUUCUUUGUCGGGGUGCGAGGAAGGUUGCCGGAAAGCCUAAAAAGGAUCGUCGUCCUGGUGGAGAAAGCGUACUGGCUGCGCAAGGUGAAGUGGGAUGGUCUGAAAAGAGGUGGUUCUGGCAGCUAUUACGGAGGACGGCAGGGCCUUUAA